AUGUAUUUCCCCAAUGUCCUGCUUGCUACGGUGGUUCUUCUUUUUCUGAUUCAUGUGGCGAGUCCGGAGGACAAGACAGAGAAGUUAUUGAAGUACCAACUCAAUGAAAUUGUGAACAUAAAAAUGGUCAACGACACCUCCAAUAUUCUGAACUGGAAUAGUAUUCUGCAAAGAAUAGCUAUCCCUUAUAUGCGAGACUGUGACGAGAUGUUCCAACAUGGCCACACAGAGAGUGGCCUUUAUGUAAUACGUCCUGAGAAAUCCCGCAAACUCGUGGUCUGGUGCCACAUGGAUGGAUGCAAUGGUUGGACAGUGAUCCAGAGAAACAGCUAUGAUACUGAAAUCACAUGGUCAGAGACCUGGACAACCUAUAAAUAUGGGCUUGGCAAAUUGGAGAAGGACCACUGGCUGGGUAAUGAGCACAUCAACUUCAUUACCGAACAGAAAUGGUACAAAGUCAAAAUCGAGCUAGUUGAUGCUAAAGGCAGCCACAAAUAUGCAGAAUAUGAUAGCUUUAUUCUAAGAAAUGAGAGUGAUGGUUAUAGGGUGUCAUUAGGGAGCUACGAGGGUAAUGCAGGAGAUCCUCUCACUGACCCCCUGAACAAAAACAUGCAUGACAACUUAAGGUUCUCUUGUAAAGAUCAAGACCAUGACAGGUCAACCUUAGAAAAUUGUGCAGAUGUCCAUGGAGGGGGCUGGUGGUAUGACUCCUGCUACAAUGCACUACUAAAUCGCAAGGGUGGUCUUUACUGGAGCACACUGUGUGAUGGGGAUUGUAAGGAGUCAGUUAUAAUGCUGAAGCCCAUCCACAUGUACUGCAGCAGGGUUUAG